UCAUCAACCUGCGACCGGUGACGCCAUCAGCAGCCGCCUGUUUCCGGGUUCCAGCAGGCCGCGGGUGUAAACAGACGGUCCGGAUCAUGGCGGAGUUGAACCGGCAGCUGCAGGAGUACCUGGCCCAGUCCAAGGGCGGCGCCAAGACCAUCUCCCAGUCCGGCUCCAGCACGGCCAUCGACCUGGACGAGCCGGAGCCGGUGUCGGGCAGCUGGUUCGGCCGGUGGUCGAGCCCGUUCUCGGGCCGCGGCAGCCCGGCGGGCCAGAGCUCCGGCGGCGGGGUGUCGUGGCCGUGGUCCGCCGAGCCGGACCCCUGCCUGCCCGGCCUGAGCCGCAGGCAGCGCCUGGUCGCGUCGGGCGUGUGCAUCCUGUUCUCCGCGCUGUGCUUCGGGCUGUCGGCCCUGUACGCCCCGCUGCUGCUGCUCUACGCCCGGAAGUUCGCGCUGCUCUGGUCGCUCGGCUCCCUGUUCGCCAUCGCGGGAGCGGCGAUCCUGCGCGGCCCCAGCCGGCUGCUCGGCUUCCCGUCGCCCGGCGCCGCGGUGUACCUGUGCGCCCUGGGCGGGACUCUGUACGCGGCGCUCAGCCUCCACAGCACCGUGCUCACCGCGCUGGGCGCCCUGCUGCAGAUCGCCGUCAUCGCCGGGUACGUGGUGUCGCUGCUGCCCGGGGGCAGCGCCGGGAUCCGCUUCAUGGGAGGGAUGGCCGCGUCCGCCAUCAAGAGGACCGUCAGCGGGAAGACCAUGCCGAUCUGACCGGGACGCCUGGAGGUCAAACCGGACAGGUCGCACUACUCUGUGGGUGUUCCUGCAGCCAGGCGGGGUGACGGGCCGGCAUGAGGCGGUGCCCUCCCGGGUCUGCAGAGUGACCCGCAGCUUAAUGAGGAACAUAUGAUUUCACCUUUUCAUCCGUAUGCAGUUAAGACACCGAGAGGCUGAUAUUUAACCAUCUGCGGUGCGGACAGCUGGCUGUAUUUUCUGCUGCCUGAAAAAAAAAACACGCAGAUGCGGGUCCUGGGGUCUGAUCCCCGGCCUGCUCUCCGCUCCUCAAAGGGCUCUGCCUGUUGUUGACAGGGGACCAAAUGACCAAAUAACUUUUAAAGACACUGACAAUUCAUAACUGUAUCCUCCAAUCGGCAAACUGUGAAACUGAUGCUUUUUUCCACACUAAUGUAUUUUUUUUUUUUUUUUUAAAUCAAUAAAAUGGGUUUUGGUGAACAGAA